UGACCCAAAAAAGGUCUCACACUCUUAUGCUUUAUUGGACCGCCUUUAACUAUGAUUAUAGCACACAUUUGCUGUGGUAGUGUUUCAAAGCACUUCUGCAGUGUCACAAGAUUUAGUUGUAGGUUAAGGUCUAAACUCUGUUAUCAUUAAUCCAAAAUGUCUCAUGGUUGUUCAUAAUUUCAGCCUGAUGAAGCUUGGCAUUGGUUGGUAUAUCGUCAUCAGCGAAGAAACAAAUCCACUGAUGGACUUACUUGGUCAUUCAGUAUAUUCAGGUAGUCAGUGCUCUCAUAAUGUUGCCGAACCUGGACUUGACUACCUGCAGUAACCCCAGAUUAUAGCGCUGCCCCACAGGCACUCGGUAUGAUUGGUGCAUCACAUCAUCUGCCUCUCUUCUUACACUGACGCAGCCACCACUGUGGAAGAAGGUAAAUCUGGACUCAUCAGAUCACAUGACCUUCUUACAUCACUCUAGAGUUCAUUCUUUAUACUCUCAUGCAAAUUGAAACUAUUUUCUCCAAUUAGCCUGUUUCAUUUUGACGUCUGGAAAACGUAGUCGGAGGACGUUCGGCGGACGUUCAAGACAACGUUCGGCGGACGUUCUCCGAACAUUCAAUGCUAGCUGGGUUCUUAUGGCUACACAGCCGUUGAGCCCUAAUCUCUUGAGUUCCCUUCACAUUGCGUGUGUGGAGAUGGUCUUUCUUUCUCUCUUUGACAUCACCAAGAGUUGAAUUAAUCACGGUCAUUCAGGGUUUUUUUCCAAACACAUUUCUUACUCAAAGACGAUGGUUCCCCACUUCUUCUUUGACUUUUUAAUAAUAUGUCAGACAGUUAACUCUGUGUUAUAAUUUGUGCAGUCUUCUCAGAUGUUUUCGUGCUUCAUAACAAUAAUUUGACCCUUCUUAAACAGAUUACCAUCUUCUACACAACCACAGAAUGCAUCUUUCCACAAGGUUGUUUAAGAUUGCAUCAGCUGGGGAUAAAUAACUUAUCUGCCGGAGGACUCAGUUACAUUAAGGAGGCUUUUUUUUUAGGCCAGGCAGUGUAUUUGGACUAAUUCAGAAGUAGUUUUGAUGUUGUUCCUCCGACACCGAAAGAUAGAUUCAACCAAGAAAGGCCGUUUCUCCGCUACUUUUUGGAAAAUCAAGGCAGGUUAUGAUGUAAUUAAUCCUACAGGGGGCAGCUUACAGCUACAGAGCUUUGACACCUAUUCUAGUCAACUUCCUUAUUCCCAGUGUUUUACAAACGUUUAAAGUUGAAGGUAAACUCAGCAGUUCGUUGGAGCAACUCAUUCGUGUUUUAGUUCUGGCCAAAGUGUGUGAUUAAGUUCUUUGUCCUAAGAGUGGGCAUACGAAUGAAACCUUCAAAUAGCUCCCUAUGGGUCCAUGAGCAGAGUAGGAGAGAGGGAUAACAGCGGGGUAAGGCGAGUCAAAGACCGCCAGACGCUCAAUUAAUCACGGAGAGCCAUCGAUGAGGAAGUGCAGCUCACUGGAGCUGCGCUGUGCGGGAAGACAAGCCGCUCUGCUCGGUGCGGAGAUCGUGACCCAUCGAAGUGUGAUGAGAUGUCUGAGGGAUCGUGUCAGUGAUCAUGUGCCUUAUUGGCACCGAGCCGGUGGCUGCUGAGCCGUAAGCCACUGCAUGAGCCAUGGACAGCCGCAAGGAGAGCAACACAAGAAAACAGCCGAUGAAAUCCAAAACGUCGAAGGAGCAGAAACAUAAAAGUGGAAAGUUCGUCAGGAGGAAAUCGCUGCGUUCUUUUGGGAAUUUCAUGGGAAGGAUCCUGAAAACUUUGGGCACUUUAGCGCACUUGGGCGACGCAGAGCCGCCGGACGCGGAGGAGGACGACGGCGGCUUCGUGCGGAGCGCCUCGGGCGGCUUCAGGGACGAUUUCUCGCAGACCUCCAGGGGGGAAGCCACGAAGAGGAGCUCCGCGGUGUCCUCCUACCACGGCUCGGUGAAGGAGAGGCUGUCGUGGUGCUACGGCGACAAGACUCCCGGCGUGUUGGGACUGAAGAACCACGGCAACACCUGCUUCAUGAAUGCCGUGGUCCAGUGCCUCAGCAACACGGACCUGCUGGCCGAAUACCUCGGGCUGGGGCAGUACAAGUCGGAUAUUAGCAGCGGGAGGACGAACGGUGAGGUGAGGGCGGAUGAGGCGCGGAGCUCCGAGGGUGAAGUAACCGAGCAACUGGCGUCGCUGGUUCGAGCGCUGUGGACGCUGGACUACACCCCGCAGAUGUCUGGAGAGUUCAAGAGCAUAGUGUCAAAAUACGCCUCUCAGUUUCGGGGGAACUCUCAGCAUGAUGCCCUUGAGUUUCUCCUCUGGCUGCUGGACAGAGUUCAUGAAGAUGCCAAUCCAACUCCUGAUAACAACAACAGCAGCAAGACCAAAGCCAGCAGUAAGGCGACCAGUGCGUCAGAGAAUCCUUCCAGUUUACCCAGCACACAGCAGCCUCGGGGUCGCCACAGCUUUGUCAAGGAACACUUUCAGGCUCAGUACAGGUCUUCCCUGACGUGCCCUCACUGCCUUAAGCAAAGCAACACCUUUGACCCAUUUUUAUGCAUCUCUCUACCGCUUCCCCUGCGACAGACCAGGCCGCUGUGUGUGACGCUGGUGUUCAGCACAAAGGGUCAGAGGUACCUGCGGGUUGGGCUUGCCGUGCCUCUUUUUGGUUCUGUAUCCUCCCUGAGAGCCAUGGUAGCAGCAGAAGGCAACAUCGCUCCCGAUCAGGUCAUCCUGUCCGAACUUUACUCCACCGGUUUCCAGCGUUCCUUCUCAGACGACGACGACUUGACCGCCAUCGCCGACAGCGAUGUCGUCUACGCCUUCCAGGCUCCUCCAAACAGCAGUCGUGGGGGCUCUGCUCCUCACUCAGGGUAUCACCACAGCCUCCCAUCAUCUCCAUACUCCUCUACCACAGGGCCCAAUGGUCAGAAGUUACCUGCAUCAGGACGACUCUCCUCAGAGUACCUGAAUCAGAGCAGCUCCUCCAAGGUUCUCCUGCUCAUGUGCAACACAACUGGGUCUGGACAGCAAGCUGCCAGAUUUGGGCCUCCUUUCCUCAUGCUUGAAGACAGGAAUAUCUCAUGGGAGCAGCUGCAGCAGAGCAUCCUCAGCCAGCAGUAUUAUCUCAUGGUGAAUGGAUCCCAGGCUCAGAAUGCUGGCAUUGAAUUUAAGGUCAGAGUGGUUGGUGGAUCCGCAGCCUCUAGCUACUUGUCCCCAAAGGACAGUCGACCAUUGUGCCACCCUGCAGUUGACAGGGCUUUAAAGUCUUGUGGGCCAGGAGGACCUCCUCAUGUGAAGCUUGUUAUUGAGUGGGGCCACAGCUCUAAAGAACGUCUGUUUGGCAACAUCCACGAGGAGGUGGUGAAAGACGCAGAGAGUGUGAGGAGCCAGCAGCAGCAACACCUGCAGCAGCACAACUGCACCUUGGACGAAUGCUUCCAGCUUUAUACCAAAGAAGAACAGCUCGCUCCAGACGACGCCUGGAAGUGUCCGCACUGCAAGCAGCUGCAGCAGGGCAUGGUGAAGAUGAGCCUGUGGACGCUGCCCGACAUCCUCAUCCUCCACCUCAAGCGCUUCCGUCAGGUUGGUGAGCGGAGGAACAAGCUGUCUACCCUGGUUCGGUUCCCCCUGACUGCGCUGAACAUGGCCCCUCAUGUAGCGAAGAGCAGUCAAAGUAUGAAGAAUCUGCAUUCAGGGUCUUCUUCCUCUUCCCGGAAACAAACUUCAGGCCAAACUCAUCCUCCUGCUGACUCACUCCUCCCACAAGAUUGCCUGUACGACCUCUAUGCUGUGUGCAACCAUCAUGGAGGAAUGCAUGGAGGACACUAUACAGCUUACUGUAGGAACUCUGUGGAUGGCCAGUGGUACAGCUACGAUGACAGCAGCGUGGACCUGGUGCCAGAGGACGAAGUGUGUACCAAGGGAGCUUACAUCCUUUUCUACCAGAGACGCAACGUUAUUCCUCCAUGGUCGGCCAGCAGCUCUGUUAGAGGAUCCAUAAGUUCAUCAGUGUCGGACCACUGGCUAAUCAGACUAACAGGGGAGAGUAAGAGAGGCAGCUUGGUGUCUCCUUCCUCCAACAACGUCUCGUCUUUAUCAGACUCUGCAGAGCCUCCCGUCUUCCACAACAAAGACUUUGAAGAAGAAAGGGGUGGCUUUGAAAGCCGCCCGUUUGUGCGAGGGCUUCAGGGACGCAGCGUAAGUAUGAGAGUUCCCUCCAAGCCAAAAGAGAGCCUGAGCAAAAGGUUUCCUUUGCGCUGGUCCCUCGGUUCAAAAGAGAGACGAAAACCUGAGCAAGCGUCUCCUCCAGCGCAAGACCCCGACCCUGCAGAGCUAGUGGAGUACUUGGAGUCUGGUCGGCGACCCCGGUGCACCAAGGAUUCAAUAGUAACCGUGAUGAACGAGUCGCGUAGCAGCAAAAAACCCUCUGUGGGUCGGGCAGCCAGUGUUCGAUCUGCAGCUGUUGGCAGUAUGAGUUGUGUUGGUAAGAUGGAAGAAGAGCCGCAUUACACUCAGGUUCCAGAGGGACAGAGAAGGCCAUCAGAACGACCGUCUGAGAAGACGGCCAGUCUGAGACGGAAAAAGGAAAACGUGGCCAACGAGGAGAGCUCAGGGAAUAUGAGCGCUAGCUCUGGUAGCAACACCCUUUCCAGGAGGAAGGAGGGCAGGAGGGAGAGCUCUGCUAAAGCUUCACAAGAUUCAGAGAGAAAACUGAGUUCCAGCCCUGGAAUUCGUCCCAGUUACAGCAUGUCAAGCCUUCAGGAUGGAACUCUGAGAAGACAGAAGGGAGACAAAGCGAAUAAGGAUCACCACAGCUCUGAAGCAGACAAGUCAAAGACAACAAAAGAUGAAGUGCCCAAGAGUCAAGACAGUCUCUUGUCGUUUCUGAAAGGCAACUUCCUGAAGAAGGAUAAGGACUCUAAAAAGUCCAAGGAUGGUGAGUCAGGAAAAAAAGGUGGCGAGGAGGAAGGCAGGAGGACUUCGUCCAGGAUGUCAUUACCUAACGGAGCAGCUGGAGGAAGAACUGGAGUGGAAGGAAGCAAAUCAAAUAGUUCAGGCCGUCGGACUGAUGAAUUGGCAAACGGAAAGUUGGGACGCUCCACGGCAGACAUCAGGCGCUCGCAGAGCUCCUUCAACAUCCCCACCAAAGCAGAGCAAAGCAUUCGCAGGACGGCGUCCUUGCAUCGUAACGGGAUGUCCACAACGCCAGCACAGCGUCUGACCUCAGACAAACAGUCUCACAGCACUCUGCAGAGGAAUCGCUACAGCACCAACUCACUGGGCCGCAAGAAGACUGUCCCCGAGUCCAGCUUCUGACGCAGAGACGGGGGCGUCUUUUUGAUCAGAGCAAUAGAGCUUUACUUCCAAUGAAGUGAUUUAGUGUUCCCAGAAAAUAAACAACUCAAGUGGUUUGCACAAUAAAGAGCUGGGAGAUGAACUAGAACUCUAAAACCUGUGGCCUCCCCAUUAAGACAUAUCAGUGGGAACACAUUUUAUCAGUUAUAUAUAUAUAUAUAUUAUGUUUUUAUGAUUUAAAAGAAGUGCCUAAGCAACACAAAUGCAGUUAUAAUGAUUUAUUGUUGUCCAUCAUCCUGGACUAAUUUCCUACUAAUGCAGUAUGAAUGUUGAAAGACGUCGCUCCAUUUUUAACCCGAAUGGUUUUAUCAUCAGGGCACAAUGACUGUGCUCACUUAUAAGAAUGUAUUUUCUCUACUUGAUCAACAGCAGUGCUUUGAGGCCGUGUUUUCUGAUUAUUGUUUGAUGAAACCUUUAUGCAUCGAAUCAUCUCCAUAUGGUUAACAAUGCGGGUGUGAUUAUUCAGUGCUUUAACCUUCAGCGAUUGCCUACUGUGAAGAAAGAUAUAUAUGAUGUAACUAAGAAUGUUCUGUUUUUUUUUUUAAACAUAACACUAUAUUUUUUUCAGGACUUGAGCUGCUGCUGUUUUUUUCUGUAACCCCUUCAUGUGUUUUUUUUUUUUUGUUCAUAAUUCAGUGUUUUGCUUGAACUCUAAAAACUUUUGAUGCAUACAUUUAUCUGUGGGAGUACAGUGGUGAAGCACCUGGAAGAGACAGAGGUUUUUUGUUUUUUUUUUUUUGCUCAAAAUGCAGACAUGUAGCUGAACUGGUUCUUUGUUUGCUGCUGUUGUUGUUUAUGGUGGUAGAAAACUGUCAACGUCUCAACUGAGAGAAACAGAGACGAGAUUUGACACCAAAACCUGAGACGUUUAAGUUUAUUUAAUGUUUCUGUAUAAAUCAUUCCAUGCACUAUUUUUACAUGAUUUUACAUUUGCUUUUAGUGCGUCCUUCUUGUCAUACAAACUGAGUAAAUGGCUGGAAAUAUUGCAAAAGUUAAAAAAAAAACUAAAUCUCCAACCUGUUUUAGCUCAAGCCGAAUCUUAAAAGAAGGAAUUUGCACUUCAUCAAAGUAGCAAAAACCCUGAUGGAUUUGCACCGCAGCCCUCGGGCAACUGGUCCAGUCAUCAGCUGUAAUCACCUCCAUGUUUUUCCAUUUAAAGGAAAAAAAAAACACACUUUUUAAAUAUCUGUUUUGAAUACUAAUAGUGUUUUGCAUUUAGUGUAAGCUCAAGGGUGCUGCUGCCAACUCGGACAUCUUUGAUGUCUGAUGCGGGACAACUUUUUCCUGUCUUUACCUGGGAAAUUUUCUAACAUAUUUUAAUCAGCUGAAAAUAUGUCAUCAGUUGUGUAACCCAAAUGUUUGUAUUUAGACACUGGUUGCCCUACUCGAGAUAUUAAUUUUGCAUUUAUUUUAAUACAUUAAAACUCCAAAGAGGAGCCAAAGCACGGCUAAGGGUGUAGCUGAUUUUUUUAUUAAAUUAUUAUUAUUUUGGGAAGCUUAACAUUUUAUCUCAGUCUAACAUUCUUUAGGCUCUAUUAGAGCAGAGAUGGGUCAAAGCUAAACAUAAAAAGCACUUUCAUCAACUGUCAAGUAGCCAAAUUGUCACAUCAAAAGAUUUUAAAAAUAUGUAUUUUUUUAUGAAAAGUUUUUAUGUUUUAGGAUAAGAGGAACACACACAGGAAAAAUGCUCAAAGCAUUUGUUGACAUUAUUGUUAAUCAAACUGAAGGCCUGGGGGCCAAAUCCGGUCCACCACAGCUUUUUAUUUGGCCCUCUGCACACAAAAGACCACAUAAAUGACUUUGUGCUUAAAUAUUUUAUUAAUCAAAUCAAGACACUUUUUUUUUAUCUGUUUACUCACAGGUACAAAUUUUUAUUCAUAUUUUAACAGUUGGUUAGCAGGUGCUUUGAAGUUUAAUUGAAACAA